AUGGGAGAGUUUCCCUUAUUCAGGAGAAAUUCUUGGGUGAACUGGGUUCGCCACGUCAUUUUAUGGACUCUCCAUUACAAUACUAACAUGUGUCAAAGUCAUUUAAAAGUAAUUAUCAGAUUACAAUUCAAGAACAAAUUUUGUCUCAGCACUGCAACUUCAAUUAUUAUGCUCAGUGAUGAAGUUACAUGUUCAGAAAAUGGUGAAGAUAUUUUUAAUGAUGGGAAUGUUCCUAAUGUGAUAGAAAUCGAUAAAAAUUAUAAAACUCUAAAAGAUGAUACAUUAUUGGGUCAAAUUGUGAGCAACGAAACAGAGGCCUACGAGUUGUAUUGUGAUUAUGGGUUUUGCAAAGGAUUUAGCAUUAGAAAGGGAAAACAAGCAUAUUAUGCGGGCACUAAAAAAAUUAGAACAAAAGAGUAUUAUUGUUCAAAGCAUGGAUACAAGAAUGAUGAGGUAUCAGGUGAGGUAUCUUUCAAUAGGUUAGAUGGUAGAACGGGAUGCAAAGCGAUGAUUCAUUUUGUUGUUGAUGAACAAGAACAAUGGAAGAAAGAUAUUUACUACGAAGUGUGCGAACAGUUGGAUAUUAAACUUUCUGGGUCACUGAGUUAUUCUAAUAUUACAGAAAGGGCACUAAGUUUCAAAUCGGAGUUUAAUAUCCUGCGAACAGUUACUAGUUCAAAAGGCAAGGUUCUUAAGUCUAUGAUGAAUGUGGGAAUUAGAGCAAUUGAUGCAUUUUCAUAUAUGGCUGAAGAAAGUGGUGGUCCUGAAAAUUUAGGAUUCACAAAGAAAGAUUGUUAUAAUUUUGUUAAUGCGGAAAGAUUGAAGUUAAUAGAGGUUGGAGAUUCUCAGAGUUUGGUUAAUCUUUUUAAGACUAGAAGUCAUGAAGAAGGAGGUAUGUAUUACUGGGAUGUGCAACUUGAUACUAAUGGAAGAAUGACUAAUUUCUUUUGGAGGGAUGGCAGAUCAAAAAUUGACUAUGAUUGUUUUGGAGAUGUGGUUAUUUUUUAUACUACUUAUCGCACGAAUAGAUAUAAUCUAAUAUGUGCACCAUUUGUGGGGGUAAAUCAUCAUUGGCAAAAUAUCAUGUUUGGAUGUGCAUUUUUUUCAGAUGAAACUACCAAGUCCUUUGAAUGGCUCUUUAGCACGUUUUUAGAGUCAAUGGGAGGCCAACAACCAAAAACUAUAAUCACUGAUCAAGAUAAAACGAUGGAAAAUGCAAUUGCAUCUAUUUUUCCCGACUCACGUCAUCGUUUAUGUAUGUGGCACAUUUGUAAGAAUGAAACCUCACAUUUAGGCAGUUUGAAUUCUAACAAAGUGUUUCAAAAUUUGUUUCAUAAAUGUAUGCAUGAGUGUGAUUCAGAAGUAGAAUUUGAAGAAGUUUGGGUUAAAAUGAUUUCAGAUUAUACUAAUGGUGAGCAUAGCUAG